GGAAUGUCACGUCAGUCUGCUCGGUCUACAACGGAAUUAUUUACUCUAACAUACGGUUCUCUGGUGGCAAAUAUUGUGAAAGACUUUGGCACCGAUGCGGAAAUCAAUGAACAGCUCGAUCGAAUUGGUUUUAAUAUGGGUUUACGACUGGUCGAAGACUAUUUAGCUCGUGGUAACCCUGGGCGAUGUAAUGAUUUUCGGGAAACCGCGAAUGCGCUGGCCAAAGUGAGCAUCCCGUAUCAUUUGUUGCUUCUCGAACGGAAACUUGUGAUAUCAAAUAAUCUUUGUCCUGUUACUCCUGAUAGGUUUGUUGAUCUCCCACCGGAACAUCCGAAACUUUUUUACUCCAACGUCCUUGCCGGUGCCAUUCGUGGAGCUUUGCAUAAUGUGAGUUUCACUUAUUAUGCCCCGAUAGAUAUUCUGAAUUGGGGCAGACUGUGUACUUCUGAGUUACCAUCGGAUGCUUUGUGUUGCAGUGGAUGA